CUUUGGACGGCACCUCAGGACCCUGACUUCAUAUCACAUAUCCAUCAAUUGUCUUUCCUCAGAUAAAAAUCUGAUAUAUUCACCGGGGUCCUUGUGGAAUCACCUUUAUGCCAUCUUUCUGACCUUGAAACCUUCACCUUUGAUCUAAUCGCAGCCUCGCCUGUGCUAUCACCUACCUACCUACCACCCGUUCCUCAAUCGGGACUUGCGCCUCACCAUCUCAACCUCUCCAUACACACAAGCGCGCAACAAUCAUCUUCACAUAGAAGCCUGCAGCGCCGACAGCUUCUUCUCCUUGCUCGCGGCACCUACUCCGGGGUACUGCUUUGCGGUAUCGCUACCUCAAUUGUCACUGUCCCUCGACCGCGCAUCUAUUCCGUCAGUAUGGCGCACGACAUGGAUAUUGAUAUGGAUCUCGACAUCGGGGUAUCUGCCGACGACUUUGCAGUUCCUGAAGUUGACGAUAUUCAAAUCGAUGUAAGAGUCUACAAUGCUUCCGGGGGUUUUUUCACCUUUUGACUAAUUCGCGCAUUGUUAGUCCAACAGCCAGAGUGAAACCCCAAUUCUCAAUGCACCGGAUACCCAGACCGAUCCUGCAUCCCUCGAGCUUGUACCGAACAAAGUCCACAUUCGAGGACUUGAUAACCUGAACACCGGCCAUGUGCGAGCUUUUGCGGCAGAACAUUACACAGGAAGUAAGCCGGAACAUGUGGAAUGGAUUGAUGAUAGCUCCGCAAAUUUGGUUUACGAAAGCGAGGGGGUUGCCCUUGAAGCUCUGAAAGCAUUCAUUGAAGUCGACGUCACCGAUGUCAUUCUCAUCCCACUUUUACAGUCAGUUGCCGCAAAGCGACUUUCUACUCAACCACAAGCAAGUCUGGAAGUUCGACGUGCCGUUGUCGGAGACCGUAAACAACCCCGGGCUCGUGAGCGUAGCAGAUUCUAUCUUUUCAACCCCGAAUACGACCCAGCAGAACGCCGAAAGAGAGGAGGGAACGGUGGGAAAAUAUACAGAGACCGUGAGGAUAGAGGAUAUCAAAGUCAGCGUUAUGAUGAUCGUGAGCAACGGAAUCGUGUACGCGGGGACGAAGAGGCAGGAUUUGAUGCUAGUUUGUAUGACGAUGAUGACGCCGCUUUGGCAAGAAGAGCCGCGAGAAGAAGGGAAUACUCUAUUUCUUCAAGCGAUUCUCAAGAACGCCGUGUACGAUCCCGUGGAGCUGCUGGCAAGGAAUUAUUCCCAAGCGACGAAGGCAGGAACAAUGGUCGAUUGAGAGACCGGAGUGCCUCACCACUUCGUGACGACAGCAGAGAUAGGAGAGACGACAGAGACCGGUACAUCAGGAAACCACGUGCUGCAGCCGAAAACAGACUGAAGGCGGAGGUAAUCAAGGCAAAAUUGAGAGAAGCUGCUCCUACAAAAGAACUCUUCCCUCAAAAAGUCAAUGCCAGUCAUCGCCGGUCUAGCGCGUUUGAUGCUGCUGACGAAACGGCCGACCUUUUCGCAAGUAAAAUGGCUGUUCCGCUUGUUGAUGGACCAUCUGAUGAACGCCUCAACUCCACAUCAAGCACCUGGGACAAUAUCACCGGCUUCAGCAUCCGUGGGGCAUCCAAGGCUCCUGCGGUUCCAGGAUUUAGCAUCAAGGGUGCGGCGGGUGGCCAAGUUAAGGAGCUGUUUCCGGCCCAUUUUGGUGACAAUACAGGAAAGGAGCUGUUCUCGGGAGGCUUAGAAGGAAGAGGACGAAGAAGACAGAAGGCCGAAGAUUUGUUCUAUUAA